AGGCUGUCGGGCUCCCAGCAGGUGCGACGAGAAAACGACGACGAUUCGCUAACACGUCGUCGCGACGGUCAAGUGGGAACGGGCAGGUGAACGUGGGUGGGGAAGAGAGGGUACAGCCCAGCCGGUUCAAGGUCGUUAGGAAGAGAUGCCGGGAAGAAAGGAAAUCGGAGCGCAGGGUAGCGCAAAGGAAAUAGACAUUGACAAACCGUACUGGGAUCAGAGCACUUACCAGGGAAGGGCGUUGCACUUCUUGACGGUAACGAACCCGCUCAACGUCUUCGCUACGAGCCAGCAGCUUGAGCACGCGCGCGGUGUCGUCACGAAGUACAGACAGGGCGAGGGCCUGGAGAAACAAGGAAUCGCCGAGGACGAGUUAUGGAGAUGCAAAUAUCUUUACGACAGCGCCUACCACCCUGAUACCGGCGAGAAAAUGCCCUUAAUAGGGCGUAUGAGCGCGCAAGUUCCUAUGAACAUGACAAUAACCGGUUGUAUGAUGACAUUUUAUAGGUCAACGCCGGCUGUAAUUUUCUGGCAAUGGGUCAAUCAGUCGUUCAACGCUAUAGUGAAUUACACGAACCGUAGCGGUUCGAGCCCGAUUCCAACGGAAACGUUGGCGCGGAGUUACGUCGGCGCUACGGGAGGCGCCGUGAUAACGGCGCUGACCCUGAACCGUCUCGCUCAACGUGGACCACCGCUGGCAGGCCGAUUAGUCCCAUUGGCGGCAGUUGCGGCGGCUAACUGUGUGAACAUCCCUCUCAUGAGGGUCACCGAGCUCCAAAAUGGUAUUGAAUUACAAACCGAGGACGGCACGAAAGUUGGCCACAGUAAACGAGCGGCUAAACAGGCGAUCGCGACGGUUACGUUAUCACGAAUACUUAUGGCCUCUCCGAGCAUGAUAUUGGCGCCGAUAGUAAUGACUUACUUAGAUCGAAGGCAGCUGUUACGUAACGCGAAAUGGGCAGCUGGACCAAUCCAAGUUGCCAUUUGCGGAGUGUGUCUCGCUUUCGCAACGCCACUUUGCUGUGCAAUUUUCGCACAACGCGUCCCUAUCUCGGUAAAUCAACUGGAACCCGACGUACGAGAGCAAGUACGAUCGCACGAUACCGGCCUGGAGAUUGUGUACUACAAUAAGGGCCUGUAAACGACGGGGAUUAUGGGGCUGUUUUUUUAUAGCUGAGCUAGCCGCACUAGUCCAGAGUUUAUCUAUUUCCCUCCACAUUAGAAGAAGAAAGAUAAACUCGGAACUAGUGCAGCCAGUUCAGCUAUAAAGAACAGAGCCUAUAUCGCGCGGUACCUUAAUAGUUUUACCGAUCUAAGGAUAUAGCCUGUUUUUGAAACUCAGGUAUACACGAGACAUUCCCGCCACAGAAUAUUCGAUAGCACGUGUUAUUAUCGCGGACUUCUAACGAUUGCGUAAGCAAUUCGUUCUUGUUGGUACUUACACUUCAAUAAUCAAUAUUCAUGAUUGCGAGAUGGCAAUUUACAGAAACGAUCGUGUCAGGGUGUCUAUUCAAAUCUUGAAAAACAUUCCCCAACAAUUCCCGGAAUUUCGUUCAAAUUUUAAUACAAAUUUUAAAAAAC